UCAGCCCCCUGGGAAAGUACAUAUCUGUGAGGCGCUCCCUGCCCGCCGCUUGCACUCGGCCGGCGCCCCGUCCCGCACGGAUCAACCCCACCGCCCGGCAGCUCCGCUCCGCUCCCCCGGGGGCCUGCGUCCGGAUUCGGGGCUGGUCCGCAACUUUUCGAGUUUUUCUUUCGGAAGCAGUUCGCGCGGGGACGCGCCCUAGCCCACCGCCACCAUGGAUGCCAUCAAGAAGAAGAUGCAGAUGCUGAAGCUGGACAAGGAGAACGCCUUGGACAGAGCCGAGCAAGCCGAAGCGGACAAGAAGGCAGCGGAGGAGAGAAGCAAGCAGCUGGAGGACGAGCUGGUGGCUCUACAAAAGAAGCUGAAGGCCACUGAGGAUGAGCUGGACAAAUACUCCGAGUCCCUUAAAGAUGCACAGGAAAAGUUGGAACUGGCUGACAAAAAGGCCACAGAUGCUGAGAGUGAAGUAGCUUCUCUGAACAGACGCAUCCAGCUGGUUGAGGAAGAGUUGGACCGGGCUCAGGAGCGCUUGGCUACUGCCCUGCAGAAGCUGGAGGAGGCUGAGAAGGCUGCAGAUGAGAGCGAAAGAGGAAUGAAGGUCAUUGAAAAUAGAGCCCAGAAGGAUGAAGAGAAGAUGGAAAUCCAGGAGAUCCAGCUUAAAGAGGCUAAGCACAUUGCUGAAGAGGCUGACCGCAAGUAUGAAGAGGUGGCUCGUAAGCUGGUGAUCAUUGAGAGUGACCUGGAGCGCGCUGAGGAGCGUGCUGAGCUAUCAGAAAGCAAAUGUGCUGAGCUUGAAGAGGAGUUGAAAACUGUGACCAACAACCUGAAGUCGCUGGAGGCUCAGGCUGAGAAGUACUCACAGAAAGAAGACAAGUAUGAAGAGGAGAUUAAAGUUCUGACUGACAAACUGAAGGAGGCUGAGACCCGUGCUGAGUUUGCUGAGAGGUCAGUAACCAAGCUGGAGAAGAGCAUUGAUGACCUAGAAGAGAAAGUGGCGCAUGCCAAAGAAGAAAACCUUAGUAUGCAUCAGAUGCUGGAUCAAACUUUACUGGAGUUAAACAACAUGUGAAAACCUUCUUAGCGUCAACCACACUAUUUGUUUUAUUAUUUUUUACACCUGCUUGCCGUGAAGCCCCAAAAACAUGUCUUUAUUUUAGUUUCACCACAGUCACAAGAACAUCUGCUAAAUUACCAAGCAGGGGUCAGGGAAACACCAAAAUGGGCAAGCCAUAUGCGGGUUAAGCGACAUUACAUUAUGGUUUAAACGUGCCAUUUCCCAACAAAAAUGUUACCUACACUUUGUGGAGAGUUCAGGAAUUCAGUGUGCUUAAUCUUUGAAGAAUCCUGGCUGUGGCAGAAAGCGUCCCACCUCAAGUGCCAACUACAGUUUUUACACGAGAAGAAUGAUUCGUGUUCGAGAGAGAUCAGGUGGAAAUGGUGCUAUUUUGAACAAAAGGUUCUACUUGAAGUCUUUUGUUUGAUAUCAGACAAGUCAGGAGUAGUUCAGCACAGUAAUUUAUUUUUAUCAGAACUUGACUGAUCUGUGAGAAUUUGGACUUUCUGUGCCUUCUAAUUCAGUAAAAUGAAGAUAUAUAAGCAAUGGAGACGAGUGAAGGCUUCUGAAGGUUUUAAAUUGUAUUCUUGCAACUCAAUACAGAAGUGUAGGUCAGCAUUUCACCUUGAGUUUUCAUUCGAUUGUAUUUUUCAUGUUGAAAUGAAAGAUUCAAUAAAUUCAGGACGAAACAUUAAUUUGGAAGAGAUUGUGUUAAAAUGUAUUUUAUUUGUGGGGACUUGGGGUAGGGGGAGGAAUUUUUAAACUGAUAUUUGCCUCACUUUUUUCACACUUUCUUUGAGCAGUCUUAAAAGUAUACCUGUAUGUAAACAUUGUAUAAUUAUAUGAAAUAAAAUGCACAUUUUAGGACAUUUUUUUAA